AAUGCAAGAUUUUCAAAAAAUUUCGAAGUCCCAUUUAAAAGUGAACUGCUGUAGACCAGAGGAUCUUCCUUCUAGCCUUCAGGAAAAAGAGGAAACAAACAAAGAGUCAAAAAGGAUGAUGGAAAUCGAAGAAGAAGAAGCAAAAAUGAAAUUAAAAUGGUCCAUAAUUCAAGAACGAGCCGUCAUGAGAGGAAUACAAACUAUUUUCAAGAAAUAUAAGACAAACAUGAAAAAAGGAGAGGAAAAAGAAUGGGACAAACUAAAAUCUCGAAUCAAAGCUGAACAAGGCCGAAAAAAGAAAGAAUUUCAAGAGAAUGUGAGAAGACAGACAACACAACAGCUUGAAUUACUGAAGUCUUUAGGGUAUCGUGUGGUGGAAACUGGUGAUGAAUACUGUUUUUUUGUGCCAACGUGUAGUGGCUGUCACAAGGCUAGCAGUCAGCUGUUGGUAUGUGAAGCAUGUAUGGUCACGUGGUAUUGUGAUGAAUGGUGUCAGCGGAAGGACUGGGAUGAGCGUCACUGUUAUCAAUGUAGAACAAAACGAAUGAAUAAGACUUCAUGUACAUUCCCUUUCAAAGUCUGCAAAAAUUAA